GACUCCCAGAUUUCCACAGCCCUUUCAAGUCAACUUCUCAAUUAUUUCAUUUGGGGAGUAUCAUGAGUUCGCUACAAGUGCUAUUAAAUGAUGCUGAAAAGCACUUUGAAAAACUAAGCUCCUUCUAUGUCCACCAUAUCAUAGCGUAUGUCAAGCGCAGAUCGCCCAGCGCAUACAUAGCUGCAGCCGUAGUUGCCUUCCUCAGCUACCAAGUUUACAAUACGUGCUGGCAAAGUCUCCAAAUGGGAUCUACUUGAGACCCGAUCGAUUUGGAUGGACGGUUGCUAUUGCCAACCCUGCUGCCAUGAAGACUUUACUCCUUCGAGCUGAUGAUUUUCCGAAGCACUUCAGUUUCAGC